AUGAGCGCUGAAGUUGAGGACACAUCAAUGGCCGAUGUCUCUACAGAGGUCGGAGGCAGUGAGUUUGAUACAGGUAGCACUGUUCUUGUUAAGGUAAAGGGCUACCCAGCGUGGCCUGCUGUUAUUGUUGGGGAGGAGGAUCUUGCUCCGGAGAUUCUCGACGCGAAACCCAAAAGCAAGGAGGUGUACCCUGUGCUGUUCUACGUUGAUAAUAAUUAUUCUUGGGUCACAGAUACCGAAAUCAAGGAGCUGACUCGCGAACGAGCAGCCCAGUUGGCUUCUGGUAGCAAGAAAAAGAAAGCACUCGUCGAAGCGUUCAAGAUUGCCGCAGAUCCACCAAACUACAAAGACUAUAUUGACCUGGUGAACAAUCCACCUGAAAUCAUUGAGGAGCCCGUUGCAGAGCUUGAAGCUGAAGCUGAGCCCGAGGUUGUUCCUCACCAGAUUAAAAAAGCCCGCAAAGCUGUAGAAAAGCCUGUGAAGGCAACCAGCCGCUCCAGAGGAAACCGUAAACGGAAAGCGGCUGAUGGCGAUUUGGACGCCGAUGGAACUUUGGAUGAUUUGGAUAUUGAAGAGCUGGAUCACCGGAUCGAAUUAAAAGCGCGUAAACGCGGACGGCCCUCUAACGACAAGGAUAAGAACACUGCCCGAGACGAGGACUUUGCUCGAAGCAGUCAUCUGCGGCUUGAGUUAUGCAAAGAGCUGAGGGUGCGGCUACAAAAGGGGCUUCUGGAUGCCCCCCCUACUCCCGCCAUGAUGAAGAAGCUGUCGUCGUACCUCAAACAGCUUGAAGCAGUUCCGAGCCUGGAAAUUGCGUUUGUUCGUCAAAGCAAAAUAAACCGUGUUUUGAAGGUAGCGGUCAAGCUUGACUUGCCUCUUGAUUCGGACCUUAAAUUCACAUCCCGCUGCCUGGCCCUUUUAGAGGAGUGGAACACUCCUGCCGAGCCGGUAAUGCACGGACUUCCUCCUGCGUCUUAUCAGGCUCUCCAAGAGGAAAAUGCAAGAAAUGGUAUUAAAAAUGAGGAGGACGGCACCGAGGAAUUGGAGAGUGAAAUGUCUGUGGAGCCUUCUGCAGAGCCGCAUGGUUCUGAACUUAGGGAGGAUACGGCUGACAUUAAGCAAGAAACGCCUGUACCCACAGAUCCAGAAGCAAUGCACCAAGAUGAAGCAGAGUCUGCUCGUACUGAGCCUGAGCCUGAAGCUGCUGUGCCCAAGCCUGAAGCUGCUGUGUCCGAGCCUGAAGCUGCUGCUCCCGAGCCUGACGCUGUGCCCGAGCCUGAAGUCUCUGUGCCCGAGCCCGCUGCGUCCGAGCCUGCCGUGCCUGCCGAUCGUGUACCCGCUGGUGCUGCUGAGCCCGUGCCUGCUCAGGCGCCACAAGCCACCGCGACCCCCGAGGCCAAUUCCGUCGAGGCUGCAGGAACUGAAUCGACCGAUGUUAAAUCAUAA